CUGGAGAUGAAAGGACCAUUAUGGAGGGAGGGUUAAAGGGUGUGGUGGUGUAUAAAAGAUCCUUUGCAUGCAUUUCAACAUCACUACGGAUCCUCCAAGACUGACUCUCACUCUCCGCUCUUCUUAAAUCUCUGCAAAUCCACUCUGCUAUCAUCAUGUCUGACGUCCAGAGAGCUAUGACCCUACUCAUUGCCGCCUUCAGUAAGUAUGCUGGCAAGGAAGGGGACAAACACACCCUGAGUAAGGCCGAGCUGAAGGAGCUGCUUCAGAAAGAACUUGGAGAUCUGCUGGGGAAAGCCGAUGACAAGGGAGCUGUGGACCGCCUCUUCAAAGGCCUGGACACAAACCAGGAUAACAGUGUGGACUUCAAGGAGUUUACCAACAUGGUCAGCUGCCUCACUGUGAUGUGCCAUGAAUACUUCACACAGAAAUAAGGAUCCAAGCGCCAGCAUUCAGACGUACCUUCCUGUGAUAGAGAUGACAAUAUGCUAAAAUGCCAUGAAGUCAAAAAACAUUAUAUUGUAACGCACAAUGAAAUAAAGGUUUUUCGUUGAAACUCA